AAAUUCACCCAAACUUCUUUUGACCUGCAGAUAAGUGAGUCUACAAAGCCCGGGGCACGAUUUAUUUUAGGAUCUGCCCAUGAUGCAGAUAUUGGUACCAACUCACUACAGAAUUACCAGCUCAACCCCAAUGAUCAUUUCUCACUGGUGAAUAAAGAGAAACAAGAUGGCGGUAAAUACCCUGAGCUGGUACUAAAAACGCCUUUAGACCGGGAAGAGCAGAAAUCCUACCAGUUGACCUUGACUGCGUUGGACUGCGGGGACCCACCCCUUAGUAGUACUGCCCAGAUACAGGUCCUAGUGACCGAUGCCAAUGAUAACCCCCCAGUGUUCAGCCAAGAACUAUACAGGGUGAGCGUUCUGGAAAACGUGCUUCCGGGCACCCCUGUGCUUCGAGUGAUGGCCACUGACCAGGAUGAGGGUGUCAAUGCCCAGAUCACCUUCUCUUUUACUGAAGCAGGCCAGAUCACCCAGUUUGACCUGAAUUCUAUUACCGGGGAAAUUACUAUUCUAAGUAGGUUAGAUUUUGAGGAAGUCAAAGAAUAUUCCAUAGUUUUGGAAGCAAGGGAUGGUGGAGGAAUGAUUGCUCAAUGUACCGUGGAGAUAGAGGUCCAAGACAUAAAUGACAAUAUCCCAGAAGUGGUAUUCCAAUCUCUGCGGGAUAUUAUUAUGGAGGACACCAACCUGGGAACACACGUUGCUUUGCUUAAAAUCCGUGACAAGGAUUCUGGACACAACGGAGAAGUUAUUUGUAAAUUAGAAGGUGAUGUUCCAUUUAAAAUAGUCUCUUCUUCGAUAAACACCUAUAAAUUAGUGACAGAUGGAAUUCUAGACCGUGAGCAGACCCCUGAGUACAAUGUCACUAUCACAGCCACCGACAGGGGCAAGCCUCCCCUUUCUUCUAGCUCAAGCAUCACCCUACACAUCGGCGAUGUCAACGACAACCCGCCGGUUUUCGAACAGCCUUCUUACGUAGUCCAUGUGGCUGAGAAUAAUCCUCCUGGAGCAUCCAUUGCCCAAGUCAGCGCCUCGGACCCCGACCUGGGGACU